ACGAAACUAAAUGGGAUGAAUACCAUUAUGAAUGAAUUAUAAUUAAAUUAAUUAUAAAAUUCAAAUUAUGUUGGCAAAAAAUGUAGGUCUGCUGUUCUUACUUGUUGACCUUGUAAUUUGGCCAUGAUAUGAACCAUACCUAAGAAUUUAAUCAAACCGACAAGCUUCAAGAGUAAACCGCAAAACUUAGUACAAGACAUCUGUGGUGCGGUAGCUAAUAAAAAUCUUUCAAUUGUAUGUAUUUUAAAACCUACUUAAAGUCCCGUAUUUCGCAUUGUACACCUUAUGAAAUCUGUCACUUAAAUUACAAUUGAUUCGAGGUGAUUGGAAGAUUUCGGUGGCACAUAUUUACCGAAUUUUGCCUUCAUAAAUAAUAUCAUCUGGCAGCUACGAAUACACAACAAAUCCACAUUGUCUUAUCAUUCCAUUCAUGGCUUGUAGACAAGCAGAUUGUAUAUACAUAUAUUAGUAUUUAAGCUGACUACACUUGAAGUUACUCAGAAAAAGUUCUGUAUUCACAAAAAUGUUAAUUUUUUUAGUUAUUGCAAUUAUUCUGUCACACACCUACUGUUUCGAUAACGAAAAGAACAAUGCGUUUAUUUUGGAGUCAAAAAGCCUACCUUCCGAUCUGAACUUUAUGCCUUCGUUAUCGAAUGGCUAUAUGGGCUUUACUGUCUUUGGAGAUGCAAUUUUUGUAAAUGGCGUUUACAAUGGAUAUAAAGGCAAUAGCAGAAGAGCGCGGUUGCCAAACUGGCUAAAUAUAAGUGCUAGUAUCUUCAACGUAAGCAAUGACACAAUGGACCCAAUACAUACCAAUAUUAGCUACGUGAUGAAUUUGUCUGGUGGUUAUUUCGAGUGGUCGAAGCAACAGAAGGAGGGAGGCAUUACCAUACGCCAAAGAAUAUAUGCUCAUCGCUUCUAUAAUAGGGCUUUAAUUUAUGAACUUUCAGUCGAACGUGAGACUGAUCAAGAAGCAUUGACGAUUAAUCUUCAAUGCAAUUCUGGGUCUGAAACGGAAGCAUUUGAUUUGGAAACCAUUGGUGAGAGCCCCUAUAAAAUUUUAAAAGCCACUACAAAGGAAGUUGAACACCAACUAUUCCAGCCCAAUCGCACGCAUAUCUACGUGGCAUUUAGUGAAGAUUUAGAAAAAGAUCAAAAACUCCUCAAACUGAAAACAGGACAUAGAUUUCUUCAUUACCGAUUCGUUAUAACCGUCGACUCUGAUAAAUAUGUAGCUCUGGAAGAACUUAAAAGUGUCCUAGCGAGAGGUCAGGAUGAAGUGUUUGAAAAACAUUGUGCCAGCUGGCAUGUAUUUUGGAACAACUUUGGAAUAAAUGUCAAAGGUAAUCUCGAAUUGGCCCAAAUCAUUAAUGCCGGCAUAUUUUACAUGGCUAGCUCUUUGCCUUCGGUUGCCACUAAUAAGCCAAACAAGCCAUACUUUGGUUUAAGUCCAACUGGUUUAGCCCGUGGUCAACUAGAUGCUGACUAUGAAGGUCACAAUUUUUGGGAUACAGAAAUUUGGAUGUUGCCAGUUGUUACUCAAAUGCACAACGGCUGGUCUAAAGAACUCUUCAACUAUCGACUUAGUCAUAUACAGGGAGCUAUUUACAAUGCAAAUCGUACCGGCUUCUUGGGAGCAAGAUUUCCAUGGGAGAGUGCGUUUACUGGGACUGAAGUCACCAACCCAUGUUGUCCCGAAGUGGCCGAACAGGAGAUUCAUAUUUCUGCCGAUAUUGCAAUUGCACUGCAAGGAUAUUAUACAAAUACACUAGACCGUAAUUGGCUGUGUGACACAGCUUGGCCAUUACUAAGUGAAAUUGCCGUUUUUCUCUCCAACCGAACCGACUUCAACACAGAGACAAAGAAAUACCACAUAAGAGAUGUUAUGGGCCCCGAUGAGGAUCACGAACAUGUCACCGACAACGUGUACACAAAUGUGGCUUUCCAGAAGGCAUUUAAAUUUGCAAGUUACACUCAGUCGCAAUGUUCACCAAACUCGAAUCAUUCUUCUAUGGAUUGGCUGCAACACGCUGAUAACAUGUUCAUUUUAUACGACUCUGUGAAUGAUUUCCACCCCCAACAUUUGGGCUAUCAACCGGGAGAAGAAAUUAAACAAGCCGACGCUAUUUUACUUGGAUAUCCUUUGCAGCUCAAGAUGAAUUAUUCCACGCGCUAUAAUGACUUGGAAAUAUACGAGAAUGUUACUCGACAGUCCGGUCCUGCCAUGACCUGGUCAAUGUUUGCUAUAAACUUUUUGGAACUGGGUCUUACAAGCAAAGCUGAUAAAUAUUUUCUGAAAGGAUAUCAAAGUUACGUUCGGCCGGAAUUCAAGGUAUGGAGCGAAACAGAAAUUGGCUUCCCAGGAUCGGCCAAUUUCCUAACUGGCAUAGGAGGAUUUUUGCAGUCAAUUUUAUUCGGCUAUGCGGGCAUAAAAUUUGAUAUGUCCGAACACAUUUCACAAAUGUCCAUUCAGAAUGCCUCAGUUUUACCAGGAACAAACGAGUUAAACAUAUCAGGUUUGAAGUUUGCAGAUGCUUUGUUUGAAUUGCAAAUAAAGAAAACGGAAAAAAAUCUCUUCAAAUGUAGUCAAAUUGGAAGUCGCGUAUUGUUUUUCCAGGGGAAUCAUUCGAAACCCACCCAAAUAUUUACCGGUUUUAAAGUUUUCUUCGAAACGGAAGUUCUGACCAUACGGACAAUCUGAUCUCAUUUUCUUUCUACCUUAGGAUGGAUAAUGAUGUUUGAAAAAUACGAUUACUACCAGCAUGUAUAAGUUUUGUGUGAGACACAUAUAAUAAUAU